GAUAAAAUAAAACUAAAAAAGGGAGAGCUUUGAUCGCCAUUCAGACCAUGAGAUAUCUAUGAUUCAGACGUAGAGAAAAAGCAAAAGCAAAACCAAAGCACAAUUAGGCUUUGGUUGUGUAGUUGUAGGUGUUUAAGAUUAAAGUAUUUGAACUUUUAUAACUUCAGUUGUUGGAAUAUCCCACGCAGUGUGUAUAAAUGAACGUUAUUCCCUAAUGUUCUGUUGCGCAAUUAGAACAUAUUGUGGACAUUCAAGAUUUUUAAUAAUAAUAUGUUGCAGUGAUUGCGUGAAUACUUAAGAACUAAAAAAGUGAAGUUAACAUAAAAUUAAAUACUACUUGCUAGUAAUAUUUAAGUUAGUAAUACUGAUAAGAAAAUCAGGGAUAGCAAUUUACCAGUACCGGUGGUAAUCGUUUAGUUUCACAGUCUUCAGAAUGCAACAAGUGAUGUAUGCUAGUGUUAGUGUUACUGCUAGCCUAUCGGUUGAUUUAUUGUGCACUGGAAUAAAAAUUCAGGCAGCAAUGAUCUCAAAUUCUCGAAGGGUAAUUCUGUAUUUAUGUUUAAGCCUAAUAAUACUAAAUACAGUGACUGUGACAACUGCUGAUCAAGGUGACUGCAAGAUUAUCAAAGAAAAAAACCCUGAGAUGAAUAAGAGAGAAAAAGAACUUUUGAAUCGUCUUGGUCCACUGAAAGGAAGCAUAUUUAGUACUUCAGAUAAUACAGAGAGUAAAAGAAGUGGAUAUUUCUACAAACUGGGAAUUUGUAGCAAUGUUAGUGAUGUUCCUUUUUCAGGAGUGAUGCAGUUCAAUAGCACCUUCCCAAAUCAGAGAUGGUUAAUUGGAAGGUACAAUGCUACAAAGAUCAUGGGUGGAACUGAUUGGAUUUUUCUUACAUAUGAUAAUGGUGAAGAGUACAAAUCUGACUGCAACAAGACUAAACGCACAGCCAACAUUAUGAUAGUUUGUGAUCCUUUUAACCUGAAGGGUACAUUUAAGAUGCUUGAAGAACGAAAAAAAGACGAGACUGAUUAUUGCUACUAUCUGUUUGAACUAGGUAGCAAUGUUGCCUGCACUGUACCACCAGUGAACAAACAUCUAAGUAGUGGUUCUGUGUUUUGUAUAAUCUUCUUCACUUUGACUGGAAUCUACUUAACUGUUGGCUUUUUGUACAAACGACUUAUUGUGGGAGCAAGGGGGUUGGAGCAGAUUCCCCACUACUCUUUUUGGAGAGAUUUUGGAAAUCUACAAGCUGAUGGAUGCGACUUAAUUUGUCGUUGUGGGCCAAGACAGGAAGAGCAUGCUUACCGGGGCAUUGAAAAUCAAAUACCGAAAUAUGAGGAGGAGGAUCGAGAUGAUCAGCUUCUAACUAUGUGAAAUGUGUGACUGACCCGUGUGAGUCUGUUAUUUUAUUUGUUUUAAGUUGUGUUUGUAAAUGUAGUUUGCUAGCUACCCAGUCACGGAAAUCUCAAUAGCAUUUAUAUUGGAAGAUUUAAAACAAGUCAAGUUUUUUGAUAAAUAAAAUAAAUGAUGAAGUA